UUUUUUAUGAGAAAGAGAUGAACAAGAUAGCAAAGAGUCCAACGUUUAAAUGAUUGCCGUUAAGGGUUACUUUUCUCUCUGUAUAUACAUAGUGUGAGAGAGAGAUAUAGCAAGCGACUGAGAUCUUAAUGUCUUCCAACAACAAACAAGCUCUUUUCAAAACUGUAUUCACAAUAAACGGUAGCUGUGGCUGCGGCAAAACAAAGGCCUUAGAGGUACACGAACCAACCCCAAAACCCAAAAUCUCCAUUCACCAGAACAACACAAAUACAACAAUUAACAACCCUAGCAGCAUGGCUUCUUCAUUCACCACUACUUCGCACAACGGUGCCUUCUCCGGCGCUGAGGACGAAGAUUCCUCCACCACAAUCUCUGAAUCCGAAACCACCCAUGAGCAUAUCAGCAAUAACCUUAUUAUCCCCAAACGAAGCCCACUCAUGGAUACACUUGCAGUUGAGAAGGACUCUUCGGACCCAUAUCAUGAUUUCCGGCAUUCCAUGCUCCAAAUGAUCUUCGAGAAAGAGAUUGAAUCUAAGGAUGAUCUUCAGGAUCUUCUUCAGUGUUUUCUUCAGCUGAAUGCACCUCAUUACCAUCAUAUCAUCGUUAAGGCCUUCAAUCAGAUAUGUGAAGAGGCCUUCCCUGAGAAGGUUUGUACUACUACCCCUUCUAUUGACAGAAGAUCUUCCUCUUGUAGGAACACCUUCAUCGUUCACAAGACUUGCCGCUGAAUUUCAAGAUAACAUUUAUCUCUCUACUAUUAUUCUUUAUAAUAUGUCACCAAUUCUUCAUCAUUUGUCACUUUAAUAUUUGGUAUAUUUUUAAUUUAGAAAUGCUUGGUAACAAAAAAAAUUAACAAAAAGUAAAAGUUAAAAUUUAUCUUAUUUAAUAUUUAUUAAUUAUUACAAUAAUCGAUAAAUAUUAAAUAAGAUAAGUUUUAGUUAUUUUUUUCUUCAGUAUUACCGUUUUUAAUUAACUCUAUAUAUAUCAUCUAUAUUUUUUAUUUUGGGUAUAUUUUUAAUUAGACAUAUUCCAUGGGAAACCUUAUGUGUAGAAAUACAGUGGUCUUAUAAAUUGGGCCAUGUUUCAAUGAUCAUUGUAUAAUUGUGUGUACUAAAGUUGAAAGGAGUUGGGUUUGGUAAAAGAGUAACGUUGUAUCAAUUA